GAAGAUUUAACCUAAUCGAGAUACUUCGAAUUUUGAGGUGAUAUAAAGACGGAGAAAACAUACCGGUUGACAUACGCUCUUACGGAAAAAUAUAUAUAUAAUUCUAAUUAGUAUAUAAUUUUUUUACGACAUUUUUUAUACAUAUCAAAGAGAACACAACUGAGGAAAAAUGACUGCUUUCGAAGAAAUGGGUGUUUUGCCGGAAAUUGCAAAAGCAGUCGAUGAAUUAGAUUGGACACUACCAACGGAUGUUCAAUCUGAGGCUAUCCCAUUGAUUUUGGGUGGUGGAGAUGUGCUUAUGGCUGCAGAAACUGGCAGCGGAAAAACUGGUGCUUUCUGUUUGCCUAUUUUGCAAAUAGUUUGGGAAACUCUUAAAGAUCUUGAGUCAGGGAAAGGAGGAGGAGCUACUUCGCAAGUCCAACAACUUGCACAUUGGGGAUUGAGCCUGUUUGACAGAGGACAGGCCUUGGCAAUAACGCCGGAUGGUCUGAGAUGUCAGAGUAGAGAGCAAAAGGAAUGGCACGGUUGUCGUGCGAAUAAAGGAGUAUCAGGCAGUGGUAAAUAUUUUUUUGAAGCCACAGUUACUGAUGAGGGCUUGUGCCGAGUUGGUUGGUCUUCGCCUCAGGCUUCCUUGGAUUUGGGAACGGAUAACUUCGGUUAUGGAUUCGGUGGCACAGGAAAGAAAUCGAAUGCAAAGCAAUUCGACAAUUACGGGGAGGCCUUUGGAAUGCACGAUGUAAUCGGAUGUUUCCUCGACCUGGUGAAGGGAGAAAUAAAAUAUACUAAGAACGGCGGGGACUUGGGCGUCGCGUUUACGUUGAACGCGCAACAAAAGUCGCAAACCUACUUUCCGGCAGUCGUGCUGAAGAACGCCGAGAUGGCUUUCAAUUUUGGAGCGCAACCAUUUAAGCAUCCGCCUCCAAAUGAUUACGUGGCCAUGUCGUCAGUUCCAAAAGAAUCCGUCAAAUACAAUCCUGUUAACAGCAGUCAAAGUCAAACGAGCAAAAGCGGCAAGCCGACGAAUAAUGCGCCGCAAGCAAUUGUUAUAGAGCCUUCUCGUGAGCUAGCUGAACAGACUUACAACCAAAUUCAGAAGUUUAAAACACACCUGAUGGAUCCAACAGUUAGAGAACUGCUCGUUAUCGGUGGAGUAAACGUGAAGGAACAGAUUGCGAUUUUGAAUUCUGGUGUAGACAUAGUAGUUGGCACACCCGGACGACUGGAGGAUCUUAUACAAGGCGGCUAUUUGUCGUUAACGCAUUGCAGAUUUUUCGUGCUGGAUGAAGCCGAUGGAUUAUUGAAACAAGGUCACACCGAACUGAUCGAUCGUCUGCACAAACAGAUUCCGAAAAUCACGUCGGACGGCAAGAGGUUGCAGAUGAUUGUGUGCUCGGCGACAUUGCAUGCAUUCGAAGUUAAAAAGAUGGCCGAACGUUUGAUGCAUUUUCCAACUUGGGUGGAUCUGAAGGGCGAGGACGCGGUGCCCGAGACUGUGCAUCACGUCGUAGUGAUGGUGGAUCCGCAGACGGACAAGUCGUGGCAUAACAUGAGGAAUCACAUAGAAACCGAUGGCGUCCACGCGAGAGACAACGUGAGACCUGGAAACAGUACUGCCGAGACAUUGUCCGAAGCUGUGAAAAUGUUGAAGGGAGAGUACUGCAUCCGCGCUAUCAAGGAGCACAAGAUGGACCGAGCGUUGAUAUUCUGCAGAACGAAACUCGAUUGCGAUAAUCUCGAGAGAUUUAUGAAGCAGUGCGGCGCACAGCAGUUCUCGUGCGUGUGCCUACACGGAGACAGGAAGCCCGGGGAGCGUAAAGCGAAUCUGGAGAAGUUCAAGCGCCAGGAGGUGAAGUUUCUCAUCUGCACUGACGUGGCGGCCAGAGGAUUGGACAUUACCGGUCUGCCUUUCAUGAUAAACGUAACUUUGCCCGACGAAAAGUCCAACUACGUGCACCGUAUCGGAAGAGUCGGCCGAGCCGAGAGAAUGGGCCUCGCCAUUUCUCUGGUCAGUAGCGUGCCCGAAAAAGUAUGGUAUCACGGCGAGUGGUGUUCCUCGCGCGGAAGGAACUGUUACAAUACUAAUCUGACCAACCAGGGUGGCUGUUGCACGUGGUACAACGAACCUACGUACUUGGCGGAAAUCGAGGAUCACUUGAACGUGACGAUUCAACAAGUCGAGUCGGACAUAAAAGUGCCGCUGAACGAUUUCGACGGGAAAGUUACAUACGGCGAAAAGAGAAUGGCGAUGGGUUCCGGUUACGAAAAUCAUGUGCAACAAAUGGCUCCCAUUGUGUCCGAGCUGGCCGCGCUGGAAUCGCAAGCGCAGAUAGCGUUCUUAAAGACGCACGUGAUGGGGGAGCAGUUGAGUGCACAGUAGACAAAAUUAAACGACUGGUAUUCUAAUCGAGUCUCGCAAUGCUAAUAGUUUAGAGAUCUAUUUAAAUUGUGAUAUGAUGAACAUUACGAAAACUAAUAAUUAUUGUUUUUGAUAUUAUUCUGUAUCAUUGCUAUUAUUCUCUCUCUUUUUUUAUAUUUAUGAACAGUUCUGGAGUUUCUUUUGCAUUUGUACAAAAUCAUGGUAUUAAGCUCGCGUAUUGUGUAAUAAGAAUAUAAAUAUAACGGUAAGAGAAAA